GCUUAAUAUUUUAUCAUGCUCAAAUAAAAUUAAUCGAUAAUAAAAUUAAAUUAAAAUUAUAAAAUAAAUACAUGAAAUUAUAAAGAUAAAAUUUAUUUUAUUUUAUUUUAUUUCUAAUUAUUAACUAGAUAUUAAAAAUGCAUAGUGCCAAUCAAAUAUAUAAUGAUGGUAAAGUGGAAGGGAUGCAUCAUGAUAAUAUGGCUGAGGAAUUUUGUGCAGAGAUUAGGCAGUGAGAGGUAAGGUUACAUGGGACUUAGAAAUCACGCAAACCUGCAGCGGCUCCUCUCUCCCCUUCAUUCAUAAUUUCAUCCUGCUGGCGUCCACAGCGAAACGUUCCUCCGAUUGGCAUCUGUCGUUCUAAAUUUCUCCCUGUGGGAAUGGGUCAAAACAUCAGCCCUUCUUCGUUCCUCAUUUGUCGGAUUGCAAUCCACAUUUAGCCUUCAAUCUUCGCCUCAGAAUCGCAUUGGGAUGUCACUUCAUUUGCACCGUUGCAUGAGAUUGUGAAAACCCGUGAAAAUCUCAUUGAUCCCAAUGUGUUUUUGAUGAUUAAAAUAAAAAAUUUUGAUCAAUCGUGAACCCCAGUUGCCGGCGGUAGCGCUGAGAUAAAAGAGCUGGAUCCGUGCAUGCAGCUUUUUCAACAUUGAAUAUUUUGAUCUUCUUCGGUCCUCGGCAACCUACUUAUCUACCUUAUUUGCAGUGGAUUUCUUUUUUUAUUUUUUAUUUUUUUUUUAAAAAAAAGUUUUAGCAUAAUUCUUCAGAGAAAUUUUGGGGUUUUGCAUCUUUUUGGGAGGAGAAGGAACGAGGAAGAAAGGUUGAUUGAUCGGAAAUGUCGUUCACAGGAACUCUGGAUAAGUGCAAAGCCUGCGACAAGACUGUUUAUUUUGUUGAUUUGUUAUCGGCUGAUGGUGCUACCUAUCACAAAUCAUGCUUCAAAUGCAGCCAUUGCAGAGGCACUCUUGUGAUGAGCAAUUAUUCCUCCAUGGAUGGAGUUCUCUACUGCAAACCUCAUUUUGAGCAGCUUUUCAAGGAAUCAGGCAAUUUCAGCAAGAAUUUCCAAACUUCGGGCAAAUCUGCUGAGAAGCAAAAUGAUAUGCUGUCGAGGACCCCUAGCAAACUAUCUUCCUUCUUCUCCGGAACCCAAGACAAAUGUGCUGCUUGCCAGAAAACAGUAUACCCCCUGGAGAAGAUGACCAUGGAAGGAGAAUCAUACCACAAGUCAUGCUUUAAGUGCGCUCAUGGGGGCUGUCCCCUCACACAUUCAUCCUAUGCUGCUCUUGAUGGAAUCCUCUACUGCAAGCAUCAUUUUGCUCAGCUCUUCAUGGAAAAAGGCAAUUACAGCCAUGUGAUCCAGGCUGCCAAGAAAAAUGCCCCCACCCCUGCCCAAUCUGAACCCGAAUCAGAAUCCUCAGAGCCAAAACCCGAAACCGAGCAGCCAGAAGAUGAUUCUUAAAAAAGGAGAAAUGAGGCAGGAGUUCAAUGAUCGGUAUUAGCUCGGUGUUUUGAGAAUGCUUUUUUCCUUAAUUGGGAGGUAGCUGCAGAUCCUCACGUGCCUUGAUGACAUGCAUAUUCAUGCCUGACCAUUCCCAUUUUAUUUUGAAUUUGUAAGAACAGUAUUAUAUAUGCAUGAGUUUUAUAUGUAUGUUAUAUUUUGAACAAAGCCAAUGUUACAAUGCAUUACUCUUCUUGGUUGCUGUCA